AUUGGUUGGCUGUGCGCGCGGCAGCGGCAAGCGCGCGCGGGCGGCGGGGCUGCUUUGUGGCGAGCGGCGGCGGCGGCGGGUUCGGGUCCCGGCGGCGGCAUGUCCCGCGUGUCGGUGCUGGGGGUGUCGGUGCUGGAGAACCCGAGCCCGUUCGGCCGCCCGCUGCGCUUCCAGGUGCAGUUCGAGUGCGGGGAGGCGCUGCCGCACGACCUGGAGUGGAAGAUCAUCUAUGUGGGCUCUGCGGAGAGCGAGGAGUAUGACCAGGUGCUCGACUCUGUUCUGGUGGGACCCGUCCCAGCUGGGAGACACAUGUUUGUGUUUGAGGCCGAAGCCCCCAACCCCAGCCUGAUCCCUGAGAGCGACGCAGUGGGGGUGACUGUGGUGCUCAUCACCUGUACCUACCUGGGCCAAGAGUUCAUCCGCGUGGGCUACUACGUCAACAACGAGUACACGGACCCCGAACUGCGGGAGAAUCCACCCCUCAAGCCAGACUUCUCCCAGCUGCAGAGGAACAUUCUGGCCUCCAACCCCCGCGUCACCCGCUUCCACAUCAACUGGGACGGCCCCAGCGACCAGAUGGAGGACAUCGAGAACGUGGACCCGGAGCCUGAGGGCAUGCUGUCUGCCAGCUGCACCUCCGCCAAGGGGCCGGGCACUGCCCUCGGCAUCCUACCUGAGAACUCCAUGGACUGCAUGUGAUCCGGGGCACGGCCAGACCUGGACACGGGAGCGCAAGGAUACAGCCACUGCGUGGGGAAAGGGAUCUGACUGGCUUCACGGGGGCUGCAUCCAAGUACUACGGGGAAGUGGUAUCAGCGGGGAAACCUGGACAUGUUCUAGUGGGGUAGCUAAAGGGUUAAUGCCUCUUCCUAACCAAUGGGGUGUCUGACUGUGGCCCUUCCCCUUAGCCUGCGUGAGGAGAUUGCGGGCACCUGCUUUGCAGUUGGGCUAGGGAGGAAUGGGAGCUGUAGGUCUGCUGGGCUCCUCCCCCACUUUCUCUGUCUCUGCACCAAUCACCGCUGGCUCCGUAGGAAUCACUCUAGACAAGCACUUAGUGCCACUCCCCCUGCAUCAGGUCCUCCGCUCAGGGAGCCCCUGGGGCUUGGGUGGCUUGCCGGGAAUGUGAGCCAGCUCCCUUGGGAACCAUCCCCACUCCCGCGGUGACCCAGCUCUGCUCCUUCCAGGGCUGCUACAGCCAUGACAUGCACCUGCCUGGUAUCCUUGGCCGCAGUUGAGGCGGGCCCCCGUCAGACCCCUCCUUCGCUGUCUCUAGCUGGGCAGGCGUAUGCUCUCCCCUCCAGCCCCAUGCUGCCCACUGUGGCUUUCCAGCACUGCUGCUGCUCUGUUGCCUGGGGGUUCCUCCUCCUGGGAGCGUCCCAAUAACUCUAGAGCAGCUCCCUCCAGCUGGAGGAUUGAAUCCUCCUCCCCCAGGGGGGCAUCAGACAGCAUAUCAUCCUAGCCAUGGCACAUCAUGAUCCUACCAGCUCCUCUGGGGCACAACUUGCUCCAGCAUCUCUCUUGGCCUCUCCUGUAUACAGCCCUUCCUGGGGUGAAGGGGCACCAACGUACAGAGCCCUUGUGAUCCCAUAGCUUGAUCUCAGGGUUGGAGGUGUGCACCCCCGCGUGGCAAAGAGCCGUCUGAUCCGCAUUAGGGUGCGUUAGAAUCAGAGCCUCCUGAUGGAUCGACUUCCUUCCUUCACCCUCAAGAAGAGUCUGCGAUAACGCCGCUCUGGCAACACCUACGGCUCUGGUGUGUUGCGCUAGGAAACCCGCUUCUGUUCCACUAGACUGAUCCAUCGCUCUUAGAAAACAUCUGCAGCCUGAUCCGGAAUGGAGCAUGUCCCUGCCUAGCCAGCUGUGGGAUGGAGAUCCUAGUCGCUCUCUAGAGUAAAUGGCCAGUUACAAACCCAGCUGGGAUCUUGAGCCCUCCACCAGCCUCCAUGGGGGAAAAGAGAGAUUAUUUGGGGGACUCGCUAGUUCAGUUCUGUUCCGAAGUGCCCUGUUCUGACCUUGUCUGUUUCCCUCUCUGAUGUGGUAGGAGUCUUCUUUGCAUACAUUUUUUUAAUUUUUUUUUCAUUUUAACUAUUGAAAGUGUCUUAAGUCAACGUAGGAAUAAAGCUCUUGGAACGA